CUCGUUCGCCUGCCUUUCAUGCCUUACCGGGCCUGGUAUUCUCGUGGCCGCAUGGCAGGCUAUCGUGGAUCAACCGGAGAUUUUCUUCCCAAAGACGAUGGGCACAAAAGAUGUGUCUGAUAAAAAGGUCGCCAGGAGCCGGCGACUACGAGGGGGAAUCAGAACCUCAACUUGUCUACUACUCUAUGAUCUUCUCUAUCUCCAACGAAGCUUGAAUGACAUCAACACUUCGCAAAGUCUUUAUCUUCACGAUCAAUCCUGUAUACUACUUUAUGCUGUCGUCGUUGCGAUCGUUUCUAUCACAGUUGUGUCCGUGCCGCAAGAUGGAGUGCAGGCAAAACACCUCCCGUUUCCCCUCGCUCUUAUCGAGCUUAUGGGGCCCUCGACGGUCGCAACAGUCCGUCUCCGUUUCCACAUCGACACAAACCCAAAUACAACACCCGGCGCCGGCGCCGGCUCCCGCCCCCAAGAUUGAUAUCGCCUCCACACUAAAGAAGAAACGGUCAGCUGAGCAAGAUCGACUGAGUCGAGAGGCCGCUCAAAAGGAGUUGGUGGACGAGAUCGAGAACCUCGUGGGACUGGAGAAUGUCAAGCGCCAACUCCUCGGGGUGCAGAACUGGGUGCAGAUCUGUCGUCGACACGGACGGGAACCCCGCAAUGAAUGGUAUAACAUUGUGCUCCAAGGAAAUCCAGGCACCGGAAAAUCCACGAUCGCCCGGAUCUACGCCAAGAUGCUCUACGCAAUUGGCAUUUCUGAUUCCAAUACCGUCAAAGAGACCUCUGGCCGAGAGCUUGCCAUCAAGGGCCCUGAGGGGGCCCAGCAAUUGAUCAAAGAAAUAGUUGACGCCGAGUCCCCUUGCGCACCAACAGCUGGCGUCUUGAUUGUCGACAACCCUCACACCCUGAUGCCAUCUAAACUCGAAUCACAUAAGGAGACCCUUGACUGUCUCCUUCAGGCAAUGGAACGGAAGACCGGAAGAAUCAUCGUCGUCUUUAUCGGUCAAGGACCCGAUAUGGGGAAUUUCCUCUCCGAGAACCCCAAAGUGCAGCGCCGGACGUGUAGCACCGUGAACUUCGCGGACUUUGACCGGACCGAACUUCUUCGAUUGUUGGGUCGCCGUAUCACUGACGAAUAUAACGGAAAAAUGCAGGUCGAAGGCGGACUUGAUGGCCAAUAUAUGCAUGCAGCUGCUCGUCGACUCGCCCGCAGUCGUGGUGAAGGGUUCACCAACAUAUAUGCCGUUCGGCAGCUUGUCGAAACGAUCGCACAUCGACAGGCAGAGUGCCUGAUGGAGCAGCAGGAUAUCGGAAUGGAGGAUGUGGACUACUUCUUCUUUUCCAAGGACGAUCUUCUGGGACCUAACCCGUCUGACAUUCGAGCCCAAAGCGCCGCAUGGACUUCUCUCCAGUCGUUUGUGGGACAGGAGCCCGUCAAGGCCUCAGUUCGCGAGGUGUUCGGCACAGUCGAGGAGAACUACUGGCGUGAGGUGAAAAACCAGAAGCGGUUACUGGUACGAGUCAAUCGCGUCUUUGCCGGCCCACCGGGCACCGGGAAGACCACCGCAGCCAAGCUGUACGCACAAAUCCUGGCAGAUCUCGGUCUUCUCAGCAGCAGUGAAGUGGUUGUUAAGCCACUGUCGGUGUUCAGCAGCCUGUCCGACACGGACGGCAUUCUCUCCUCGACCGUCGGUAAAGCUCUGAUUAUCGAUAUGGAUACCCCCGAGGCCGAUAGCGACAACGAUUCCCAGAUUUCCGAUAGCGUGCUAGACAUGCUCAUUAAGGAGCUGUCUGCAAAUGGGGAGAAUCGUUGCACAAUCCUGGUCGGUUCCGACCAUUCCAUUGACACACUCCUGCCGGAGCUCAAGGAGGCGUCAAGGAUGCUCGAACACCAAGUCGUUCGAUUCCAGCCGCUCACCCGAGAGCAGAUGGAGGAGCUCUUCCAGGCUAAGCUUCAGGAACAAGACGUGGAUGCCACUCCAGAAGCCUUCCAAGCAGCAAUGGAUAUUCUCGAGAGCGCUCGCAUGCGCAAAGACUUCGACAACGCACGCGGUAUUGAGCGUCUUCUAACGGCUGCCAACCGCAAUUUUGACCAGCGGCGAUCCCGCGGUCCCGAAGGGCCUUUGUCACAACGUGUGCUCGAACCCGAGUACUUCAAUGCCGACCUGGUGGGUGGCAAAGCGGCUCUCGCAUUCCGGGAGGAGCUGCGUCACUCGAUUGUCCCCGACGACAUCAUCUCCGUCCUGAAGCGGUAUCAUAAUGAGAUGAAGAUUGCCUGGUUCCAGGGCCAUGAUCCCAGAGCACGAGUCCCGUGCACACUAGUUUUCAAGGGUGCUAGUGGAACUGGAAAGAAGACGGUCGCACGUCAUCUUAGCGCCUUGUACUACAAGAUGGGGGUCUUGAAGACCGCUGUUAUGGUAGAAUGCUCGGUGACCGACCUCGUUACGUCGAGCAUCAGCCACACCUCCAUCCGGACUCGGUCGCAGCUGGAACGUGGACGCGGCAAGCUGCUAUAUGUCGAGGAUGCCCAUCGAUUGGGAGAGAACGAGUACACCAUGCAGGCGAUGGACGAGCUCAUCUAUCUGUUGCCCAAGCUUUCCAAAGAGAUGGUCGUCGUUUUGGCGGGACCGGCCCAGGAGAUGGACCACCUACUCGCCAAUCGACCCCGUCUGGCGAGCCUCUUCCAGGAAGAGAUUCCCUUCCGAAACCCCACUCCUCGUGAAUGUCUCCGGUUGUUGGACCGAAGACUCGAGGAAGAAGGUGUCCGGGGUCCUCGUCUGUUCUUGACCGACCCUCGCGAGACAAACCACCGGGAGUUCACCCGGGCUGUUCAGAUCCUGUCCAUGUUCCCCUGCUGGGGUAACGCUCGGGACAUUGAGCUCCUCGCUAGGUGGAUGGUAUCUGUCUCUGUUAAGGAUCUGCCACUGGAUGGCACAAACCUUCCAGAAGUUCGCCUGACCGACGAGCAGGCCAUGGCCUGUAUGAUCAAAUUGUUCAACCUGAAGCGUGAUCGCCUUCGUUUCAACCAAGAUCCCAAAGCAAGGACUCUUCCUCGCAUCCUCUCUCAGCCACGGAGCACAGAACGUGGCGGUGUUCGAUUUCCCGUUUGACAUAGCUGAGGGUUUGUUUUCUGACAUGACUGUUUCUGUUUUCUCGUUGUCCGUCUUCCUACUACUGAUGCUCAUAUAAGAUGUAUCAAUAUCCGUUUGUGAUCCAGCCACAACAGACUGACUAUAGCAUUGGCUUUGAGUUUUAUAAAUCAUGACCGGCGUUGGGAAUAAGUUUGAGCGAUGGUCUUUCUGUAUCCUUUCCUUUGUAUCAUUUCCUCAUCUCGGUUGAUCUGUUGGUCUACUUGAUAUUCUACGAAUGCCGUCCGCACCCACCUAGCACUUUACAUUAUCUGUUUGAUUGCUAUGAAAACAUAUGUAUUACUUUAAGUCUGUGACUUGUACUCCCAAUAUAAUAUAUCUAUACGAGGUCUCCCCCACCCUGUCGGCCUUUCUACCCUGUUUGCCUUUUCACUAUUCCUCAUGCACUGUAUAAAUUCGCACUAUUUCAAGGAAGACUCCAAACUAAUAUCAAUGCUAUUAUAUAAUGUACUAAUUUGGUAAACUUCGGCAUCGGACACAACCUUAUUCAAGCUUUAGGAAGAUCUACA